UGCAAGUUUAUACAUUACUGCAGCCGCUCUUCCACACAGGCGCGCAACACAAACGCACCACCGGCUCUGUUGGUUUUUGUCACCGCUGGAUUUAAAAAAAGAAGAAGAAAAAACUCCCUUCCGCACCGCGCUCAGCAGCAGCAAUAAAAAAGACAUUUUAUAUAUAUUCUCGGGACGCUUUUAAAUUUCUCCACACUCGCCUGUGACUGAGAAAUGAAUCAUAAAGCUCUUUUACUGUGGAUUUUCCUACAGUGUGCUUCUGCGCUUUUGUCGUCCGCUGCUGGGGAAAACGCUGUUCUUAAAGGUGAAGAUAGCGGAUUGGAUGAGUUCUCAACAGAGGGGACGACUCUCAAUGGCGAGAUCAAGUACAACAUGAGAAAGAGCUUAGAUAUGGAGCAGGAAGGCUGCUACCUUCUGACCGGCAAGAAGGAUCGUCUAGAGGAGUGUGGCUUCAACGCUACAGCCAAGACAAUCUUCAUCAUCCAUGGCUGGACGAUAAGCGGGAUGUUUGAAAACUGGAUGUUCAAGCUGGUCUCUGCAGUGAUGCAGCGUGAAAGUGGGGCCAAUGUGGUGGUCGUUGAUUGGAUACCCAUGGCUCAGCAGCUGUACCCCGAUGCAGUCAACCACACCCACACCGUCGGCCUGGAUAUUGCCACUAUGCUCAACUGGCUUCAGGAUGAGGAGCAACUACCUCUGCAGAAAGUGCACCUGAUUGGCUACAGUUUAGGUGCUCAUGUAGCCGGCUAUGCAGGGAUGUACGUACGAGGGACCAUCGGCAGAAUCACUGGUCUGGACCCAGCAGGACCUAUGUUUGAGGGUACAGAGGAACAGUGGCGUCUCUCUCCAGAUGACGCUGACUUUGUGGAUGUUCUGCACACAUACACACGAGAGGCUUUGGGCGUGAGCAUUGGAAUCCAGCAGCCAGUUGGGGACAUUGAUAUCUACCCUAAUGGUGGUGAUGUGCAGCCUGGAUGUGGUCUUAGUGAUGUGCUGGCAGUGGCAGGAGAUUUCAUGGCGGUAAUGAAGUGUGAACAUGAGCGAGCUGUGCACUUGUUUGUGGACUCCCUGAUGAAUAAGGACCAUAUGAGCUACGCCUACCAGUGCACUGGCCCAGAUCGCUUCAAAAAGGGAAUCUGCCUCAGCUGCCGCAAAAACCGCUGCAACCAUAUUGGCUACAAUGCCAGGAAGAUGCGUAAGAGGCGCAACAGCAAAAUGUACCUGAAGACACGUGCUGACACUCCCUUCGGAGGUUACCACUACCAGAUGAAGAUGCAUGUGUUCAACAGAAAACAGUCAGACAAUGCUGAUCCCACCUUCCUUGUCAAGCUGUACGGCGCCCACAAUGACACAGCAAAUAUAUUUGUCGACGUCUAUGACAACACAAUUGGUCUGAACCUGACAAACACCUUCUUGGUGUUUACUGAGCAGGAUAUUGGUGACCUGCUGAAGAUCCGUCUGAGCUGGGAAGGAAACUCUAACACCUGGGGCUCCGUCUGGAAGAACCUCAAGAAGACAUUGUGGAGCUGGAACACCACUUCCACUUCCAUACCUGUGCUGCAAGUUCGGCGGAUUCGUGUGAAAGCUGGAGAAACACAGAAAAAGUUUACUUUUUGUGCCCAAGACCCUUCAAAAACUGAAAUCUCACCAGGGGAAUCGAUAACAUUCGUAAAGUGUCGUGAUGGCUGGGAAGUGAAACCAAGAAAACGGCUGCCUAUGUAACAACUCAGCACUUCCAACAAGCAAUGCACCGUCACCACGGGGGACCCAAACAUGGAUCGAGGAGAAGCACUGCCUUCUCUUCAUUUGAGCACUUUUCGUAGGAGGAUUGGUCAGCGCACGGUGGAAGGGGUCUUUCUGUUUCCUUUGGUUUCGGGAAACUGAGGAGUAUGGGGUCUGUCCUGCCUGCCUGCCUGCCAGACAGCUGCAAAAUGAUGCGCAGGCUGCAAGCGGCGGCUGCAGGGGCAGUGCCUAAAAUGUGUUGGGAUGGCCUGAGGAGUCACAGAAUGUUCCUUUGUGUGGACUAGUGUAGUAGAAUACAGAUCUGUGCCAGAGGAGACACACCAGCAAUUGUAGUCGUUGUACUGUACAUUUUAAGAUAUAUUUUUUAUUUAUGGAAAAAAGAAAAUGGAAGCACUGCAAGACCAACGUUAUUUAUCAGAACACAUCCCAUCAUGAAGCAUAUGUUCAAUGAACUUCUUCCAGAUGCAGUAUUUUGUGUGUAUGUUUGUGUAUGUUAGUGUGUGUGUGUGUGUAUGUUGUGACCAAGAAGUGUGCCUUUCUGCUGAGAGAGAUUACUGAUACGCUGAAGGACAUACCUGAUCUCACUGCAUACAAUCAUUCUGAGGUUUUGUGCAUAGUGUUACUGUGUGUGGCUUAUUUUCGGGGUGUGUCUGUACAUAAUGUAAAUACAUUUUUGGAAAAAUAAAUUCACUUAUUUGUAGAAA